AAGGUAGCGAACAGGCGGGAGUCGAGUUUUUGAGGUAGAUCGAUCUGAAUUCUGAAGAUUUCUACCUGUCAAUCUUGAAUCCCUUCUCUUUGCUUUUUCUAUAUUGUGGAAUUCUACUAAUGGAUAGAAUCUAGCGAUUACUGAAAUUGGAUUGUCUAGGUGUUCGUCGUAGCGAGUCUUAUGGUGUCCGUUUAGUCUUACUCCCGUUUUGUCUCGAUUCUAUUCGGACUUGUUUCCGGUAUCCAAGAACAAUGGCGGGGGGAAAUUUCAUGCACAGGGUGCUUUCUUAUGUGGUGAAUGAGCUUAUCGUCAACAGUUUAGCCAACAGUCCUUCAUUUCAGAGGUUUGCUGUGAGGACAUCAAAGAGGUUGGAGGAUGUUUCAAGUCUUGGUAUGUCUCCUCCUUUGCAUUUUAUCCCAUGCCGUCUUGGAUUACUUUUCUUUCGGAUUUGGUCUUAUAUUGUGGAUGUGUAUAUUUCAGCCGGGAAGACUAAACAAGAACUUGCUGAACGUAUGAGAAAUGUGACCGAUAAUUUCAAGAACUAGUAAUCUAGACUCUUGAUGUUGGAGAUCGCAGAGGAUAUGUAAAUUUGUUAUGCCCUGUGAUGGGAACAGUAGAAAGAGUUAUCAAGUAGAUAAUGAUGAAACUGCUUGCAAGGCAUACUGUAGCCUUUUCGUUUUUCUUUGGGGGUAGUAGUUCAGGCAUACGUAUUUGUAAUAUUCGGGUCGUUUGGAUGAGGAAUUUUAACGGAUUAAUGUGGCCAGAUUGUCUCAUGUUGAGUCAACUUGGCUAAAUUGAUCUGUUUGGCAGCACAAAAUUAAGAUGAAGCAGUUCCGCUUGUUGAAUUUCAAAUUGACUCAUUUUGAGGCAAUUACAAUUGUUUGGGGUGGGGUCAGACAAUUCGAAUUGACUUGUUUUGUAAAAUGUGACAAUUAGUCAAAUUGUCUCGUUUUUUAAUUGAUCCAUCCAAACGACCCAUUCAUUUUUCAGAUUUCUGAACCAAUAAAGCAU